AUUUUGUUGUUUUCAGACGAAGCAUACGAAUCUAGAUUCGUCUGACACGCAAUUUAACGUGUUGCUAAGUUUUCUUGCAUUUAUUAAUUGUACCAUGAGCAAACGAGCACUUAUUAUUCUAGCUGAGGGAGCGGAAGAAAUGGAAGCAGUUAUAACAAUUGACACUCUACGUCGGGGUGGGAUUGAUGUAACAGUUGCUGGACUUGCUGGAAAAGAUACUGUUAAAUGCAGUCGGAUGGUGUCUAUUGUUCCAGACACGAGUCUGGAAGAGGCUCAUGCAACCUCACCUUAUGAUGCAGUUAUACUUCCUGGUGGCCUGAAAGGAUCUGAACUUCUUAGUGAAGCCCCUUUAGUUGGGCAAAUCUUGAAGCAACAUGAAAAUGGAGGGAAAAUUGUUGCAGCAAUUUGCGCAGCUCCUAUUGCCUUUAAAUCUCACAGUAUUGCCCUGGGCAAGCAAAUAACAUCUUAUCCUAGCAUGAAAGAGAGGCUGGUUGAUAAUUAUAAGUAUGUUGAUGAUGAACGAGUUGUGAUAGAUGGUAACGUGACAACCAGCCAAGGGCCUGGCACAGCAUUUGAAUUUGCUCUGUCGUUGGUAGAGCAACUUGCUGGUAAAGAAGCAGCUGACCCACUGGUCAAUCAAAUGCUUUUAAAAUUGUGAAUAUGAACGGCUUAAACCCAAACUGAUAAAUUAUAAUGUUUGCACAGUUAAA